AUGUUUUACAAAUUAGCCCUUCAACGUAACACCAACAACUAUUAUCAUUUUCGAGAUGAAGAUGAAAAGCACGGUCAAUCAGUGAUAUUGCUUGGGAGAUUUUCCGAAGAUAGUCGCAGCAAAGCUGUGGAGGUUGCGAGACUUGUCUUUGGUGUGACCCACAAGAAUGCUGUUCGAGCCAAUCUUCUCAAUGAACGGUGUCGAGCCUCUGUGACUUGGGACCAUAAUCUUCUGUGUGAAUUCACCGAGCGAUUGUUUAGUGUCAUAUGCGGCUCUGUAGACGAACCUCUUGAUAAAUGGGAUCUUGAUAUCCUCGGUAAGCGGUUUUGGAACACAAUGAUUUCUAUUAACGGCAAGGAAGAUUGGAUGGCACAUGAAGAAUUAAAAGCUGAAAAGUUCUGGGUAUGGUUAGCUGCAAGAACUUACAAACUCAAUCUCCGUGAGGAGAUGUCUAACGUACAGAAAGCUCGAUUCGAAAGCUAUUCCUAUCUUCUGAAACAAUGGCUCAAUGGUAAGAUACGUCGUCUUUAUCAGGAUGAUACAAAUUUUGAUCAUGACCGUGACCGCAAGAUAUAUGAUGAAUUAAAGUCCUCCGAAAUACAAAAAAAAGAAUGGGAGUUUAGUAAAAGCAGGUCUAAACUCUCGAGCCUAGUUAAAGAAUUACUUCGCGACGGACAUUCAAAUCUUGAGAGCAAGCGCGAAGGAAUGCUCAUUAAAGCGAGAAGUGCGAUGAGUAAAGCAGUGUGUCUUGCUAAUGCUGGUGAGGGCUACAGUGAUUGCCUUAAACUUGCCGAUGAAAUUCUACGACUGAAUGGAACUUCACCUUCAGAGUUGGAAAAGGGCAAACGACAGGCCAAAGAAGCACUUGAUGAAUUAGACAAACAACGACAAGAAUUUCUAGCAACAAUUUCACAUAAACCUUCUAGCUCGCCAAGUAAUUGGCGGUACGAUCUAUACGUGCGUAUCGACGACCACCUUAAAAACGCAACCGGUAGUGAGAGGUCACCUAAAAUCUCACAAACGCAUUCACCUCGAGGGCGAAGCAAUGAAACACGAGAUUCAGCAUCAGACCAAGCGCCUUCUUCGAGGAAGCCAGCUUCAUCAAAGCCAGUGCCUACCUAUAAGCAACGUGCCCAAGCUUUGACUGCUAGUUCUUCGUCGAAACCCACACCUCCUGCAGGAUAUCACUCUCGAUAUUCUCGAGACGACGAUUUCAGUGACUCCUCGGUUUCUGAGGCGUCUAUGUCUACAAAUAGAAAGAAAAAGAGAAUUGGGAAGAUAAUGAACUUGGUUCAGAAUCCAGGCUCGAGAAGGAGAUCAAAAGACAGAACACCGCUUUUGAAAUAA